CCACAACUAGACAAGCCCCGAAAAAAAAAAUACUAAGCGAAUUUCUUGCGAGCCCCGAGACUUCAACGCAUACAGAGAGAAAUCAAUUAAUCUUCCCAUCACCAAUCUAACACUCAUUUCUCUCCAUCACACGACAACACCGGCAAGAUGGGUCACGCCGCAGGUCUCCGCGCAGGCACACGAUAUGCCUUCUCUAGGAACUUCCGCCAGAAGGGUAUGAUCCGCCUCUCUACAUACCUACAACAAUACAAGGUUGGCGACAUCGUUGAUAUCAAGGCAAAUGGUGCUGUUCAGAAGGGUAUGCCUCACAAGGUCUACCACGGAAAGACCGGUGUCGUCUACAACGUCACCAAGUCCGCCGUAGGUGUUAUCAUCUACAAGAAGGUCAAGCACCGGUACAUCGAGAAGCGAAUCAACGUCCGUCUCGAGCACAUCAACCGAUCGCGAUCAAGAGAAGACUUCAUCAAGCGCGUCAAGCAGAACGCCGCCCUCAAGAAGAAGGCCAAGGCCGAGGGUACCGUCCUCACCGUCAAGCGAUUCGCCGCCCAGCCCCGCGAAGCCCGAACAGUCUCCGCAAAGGACAACCGACCCGAGACGGUCGCUCCUAUCGCGUACGAAACGACUAUCUAAGGGGAGAGGAGAAGAGAUGGUUGCGGUGGUUGUGGUGUUCAGGGUUCUCUGCCGGUUGCUCUUUAUCUUAUUGCAUUCGGGGUUUUUCGCGUGGCCAGGAAUCUCUAAAUCUUCUGUGCAUGGCAAGGCAUGGAUGGACAUAAAUAUAGGCACAGCCUAGAGGAAUGACAAAAAUUAUACCAAAUGCCAAAUAAAUAAAUGUGUUCUGGGUUCGUGACUAGUCCCGACUUACCACAUUUACAUGGGCGAUCCCUCCAACACUACCUUGUUGUUACG